GCGUUUGGGCCCAAAUCGAAAACCCUCAUAGCACCAUGCUAGCGUAGUAGCACUUUGCUAAACAACAUAGCCACCAAGACUAUGGCUCUUACGUCUAGACAAGCUUUCUCUGGCGCUGGCGUCAGGACAUGUCGCGCUGCUUUGCAACGCAGUUGUUCGCGUGCAAGCCGGGUGCAAUGCGUAGCUCGCGCCGGGGUCAGAAAGCAGAUACCAAUCUUUCCUCUAAAUAUGGUCGCAUUACCUUGCGCAACGGUACCUCUUAUGAUAUUUGAAGCUCGGUAUCGGGUGCUGUUCAACACUAUCUUAGCGGGCGAGCCAGGUAUCGAGGAGGGUCUGGUGCAGCGCGAGUCGCCCUUCUGCGGCAGCCGCCGCUUCGGCAUGUGCUAUGUGGAGGGGCGGGGCGAGGGCGGCGCGGCGCGCAUGGCCUCCAUCGGCACGUGUCUGGAGGUGGUGGAGUUCGCUCAUGUGCAGGACGGCCGUAUCUUCGUGACGUGCAAGGGUCGGGAGCGCUUCCGUGUGCUGUCUAUCGUGAGAGAGCGGCCCAUCAUGAUAGCGGAGGUGGAGGAGCUGGCGGAGGAGGCGGAAGAGGAGGGCGGGGAGGAGGUAUCAGCACUCGCUCGCGAGGUGUCCGACCUGCUGCGCUCCACGGUGCGACUCAACGUGAAGCUCAACAACAUUGAGGCGUCGGAGGACCAGUUGGAGCCGGAGGAGCUAGCGGGUCUGGGUCCCCGCGACCUGUCGUACUGGGUCGCCUCCUUCUUUGCCGACAUACGGGUGUUGCAGCAGAGCUUGUUGGAGGAAGACAGCACCGUGAAGCGACUUCGCAGAGAGAAGGAGAUCCUUGCUGAGACGGUGCGCUACUACUCCGCCACGGUGGCCCUCAAGUCACUGGGCGCCACCGAGACCUCCUCCUCCUCCUCCGUCUCAUCACCGCCCUCAUCCUCUCCAUCAUCAUCGUCCUCCUCUUCCUCACCCUCGUCGUCCUCCUCUUCAUCCCCUCCGGGAGGGGACAAGGCGGGCGGGGAGGACAAGGGUAAGGACGCGUGAGCGGGUGAGGGAGCGGAGGAGGAGGUGGUGUGGGGCAGGUGGGAGGUGCGCGUGAGGAGGCGAGGGAGUGCAGCUCAGUCCGAGGGAGCCAACAGAGGGGACGGAGAGGAGAGAUGCUCGAGAGAACACCGACCGUGUGAGGAGAGUGGAGGGGAGAUUGAGGCGAGUUUUCCCCCGGGGCGCCUCAAGGGGGGUUGUUGUAGCUCCAGUGAGAGGGCGGGUGGGUCUGCUGGAGGGAUGCGGGCCCGGACAGGCAGGGGGUAGGUCGUGUGGGGGUAUGGUUGAAUAGGGGUACAGUCGUUAUGGGAGUAUGGGGGUAGUUCCUGGGUAACUGGAUACGGGUGGCUAUGUGGAUAGGACGGGGAGCUGCGAUGCGGUGAUGGGGUGGACGGGGGGAGGCGGCUGUUGCUGCGCGGCUUAUCGUUGGUAGACUAGCGUUGGCGUGUCGGGUAGUGAUUGUUAGUUGUCACUGACGGUAGUUGGCAGCGGGCGCGUGCAGGGGAGUAGUGUCGGUGAAUGUGGAUUCCCCUGAAUCGCCGAGGCGACACGAAAGCGAAAAACGACGUAUUGUCUCGUUCUCUACAUGAACGAGGGGGGUUAGCAUUACUUGCCAGGCUGUGGCAGCGUGUCGCCUAGCAGCAGCCGUGCAGGCUCGAAUCC